AUGAGCAACAGGUCCAGGAAGGCUUCUGAUCCGGAAAAACCCGGAAAAAAAUCCCAAGAAAAAAAGACCCGAAACCAUGAACGAGAGAUUUUUUUCGGGGAUCCGGGCCCGGGCCGCGGGAUCCGUGAGAUUUUGGUCUUGGAAAGAAUUCAGAAAGAUGAGCGACAGGUCCAGGAAAGGCUUCUGAUCCGGAAAAACCCGGAAAAAAAUCCCAAGAAAAAAAGACCCGAAACCAUGAACGAGAGAUUUUUCGGGGAUCCGGGCCCGGGCCGCAGGGAUCCGUGAGAUUUUGGUCUCGGAAAGAAUUCAGAAAGAUGAGCAACAGGUCCAGGAAGGCUUCUGAUCCGGAAAACCCGGAAAAAAAUCCCAAGAAAAAAAGACCCGAAACCAUGAACGAGAGAUUUUUCGGGGAUCCGGGCCCGGGCCGCAGGGAUCCGUGAGAUUUUGGUCUCGGAAAGAAUUCAGAAAGAUGAGCAACAGGUCCAGGAAGGCUUCUGAUCCGGAAAAACCCGGAAAAAUCCCAAGAAAAAGACCCGAAACCAUGAACGAGAGAUUUUUCGGGGAUCCGGGCCCGGGCCGCGGGAUCCGUGAGAUUUUGGUCUUGGAAAGAAUUCAGAAAGAUGAGCGACAGGUCCAGGAAGGCUUCUGAUCCGGAAAACCCGGAAAAAUCCCAAGAAAAAAAGACCCGAAACCAUGAACGAGAGAUUUUUCGGGGAUCCGGGCCCGGGCCGCGGGAUCCGUGAGAUUUUGGUCUCGGAAAGAAUUCAGAAAGAUGAGCGACAGGUCCAGGAAGGCUUCUGAUCCGGAAAACCCGGAAAAAUCCCAAGAAAAAGACCCGAAACCAUGAACGAGAGAUUUUUCGGGGAUCCGGGCCCGGGCCGCGGGAUCCGUGAGAUUUUGGUCUUGGAAAGAAUUCAGAAAGAUGAGCGACAGGUCCAGGAAGGCUUCUGAUCCGGAAAACCCGGAAAAAUCCCAAGAAAAAGACCCGAAACCAUGA